CGCCGCACCUCACCACCCCCUGGCCCAUCUAGAGGAUCUAGCGCGUCGCCUCCCUCUGCCCACUUUUUCUUGGGGGAGGCAAGAGGAACUCCAGGCCAGGUUUCCGGGCCCGUCCCCGGGACGCACGGAAGGGCUGAGGAGGCCAGUCCCGGGCGGUUAGUCCAGGCCAGGUUUUGCGCUUGCCCGCCCCCCCCUCCCGGAGCCGGCGGGCCCGGGAGCGCCGAGAGCAGGCGGCUUGUCAUUGCUGGUGCCCCGAGCCCGCUCGCUCCGCGCAGCCUGCGGUGCCCACGGGCCCAGCCCCGCGCCCCCUGCUCCGGCCACCCCGGGGGCGCGACGCCGCCGCGCCUGCCUCCAGCUGCGUAGCCCCGGCCCCCCGCGGGCAGCGCUAGCGGUCGGCGCGGGAGCAGUCGGCGCUGCGGCGCCCCCGCCCCGCCGUCAGCCGGAGACGCCCCGGCGGAUGGGGCCGCGCGGGCCCAGGAGCGGCGCCGCCGGGCGGCGGGGGCCUGCGCGGCCGCCCGGGCUGCCGCGUUAACCCUUCGCCCGCUGCCGUCCGGGGGGCGCUGGGAAGUCGCCUGGGCACACACGUGCCGCCUCCGUCGGGGCCGCGGAGCUGCGGGGGAGAUGCGGGCAGCCGGCGCCGCCUCGGGGGGCUCCGCCUCGCCCCAGCCCCCCGAGCUCUGACGCCGCCCCCGCCCCUCCGCCUCCACGCCUCGCUCCCCGGGAGGGGCGCAGACCCGCGCGCCCGGGGCCGGGGCCGCCUCCGGAGCGCCGCGAUCGGCCUUUUCUUUCCUUUUUCUUCCCCCCUCCCCCUUUUAAAUUUUGGUCGGUGGCGGCAGUGCUGGGCCCGAGGAAGGCAGGGACACGGAGUCCGCCCUCGCUCAGCCACCCCCUCCCCGCUUCCCCCUGGGCCGGGCUCCGGGAGAUGUGCCGGGCGGGGGGCCCGGCUUCGCGGAGCCGCGGGAGGAGCGCGCACGGCCGACCCCGGAGCGCCGCUGGACAGGCUGGUGGGCUAGGCCGUGGUCCCCUGGUGAUGCGGGGCGAGGCCCCCCCCACAGUCCGCUGAGAGCCGUGUACCCGCCCCUGGCCUUCGCCAUGGCCCGCUUGGCUGCAGCACUCUGGAGUCUCUGUGUCACAACUAUCCUUGUCACCUCUGCCACCCAAGGCCUGAGCCGGGCUGGGCUCCCAUUUGGAUUGAUGCGCCGGGAGCUAGCAUGUGAAGGCUACCCCAUCGAGCUUCGGUGCCCAGGCAGUGACGUCAUCAUGGUGGAGAAUGCUAACUACGGGCGCACAGAUGACAAGAUCUGCGAUGCCGACCCUUUCCAGAUGGAGAACGUGCAGUGCUACCUGCCUGAUGCCUUCAAAAUCAUGUCACAAAGGUGUAAUAACCGGACCCAGUGUGUGGUGGUGGCCGGCUCUGAUGCCUUUCCUGACCCCUGUCCUGGAACCUACAAGUACCUGGAGGUGCAGUACGACUGUGUCCCUUACAAAGUGGAGCAGAAAGUCUUCGUGUGCCCAGGGACCCUGCAGAAGGUGCUGGAGCCCACCUCCACACACGAGUCAGAGCACCAGUCUGGUGCGUGGUGCAAGGACCCGCUGCAGGCGGGUGACCGGAUCUACGUAAUGCCCUGGAUCCCUUACCGCACAGACACACUGACUGAAUAUGCCUCCUGGGAGGACUAUGUGGCCGCGCGCCACACCACCACCUACAGACUACCCAACCGUGUGGAUGGCACUGGCUUUGUGGUCUAUGAUGGCGCAGUCUUCUACAACAAGGAGCGCACACGCAACAUUGUCAAGUAUGACCUAAGGACCCGCAUCAAGAGCGGUGAGACAGUCAUCAACACAGCCAACUACCAUGACACCUCACCUUACCGCUGGGGAGGCAAAACUGACAUUGACCUGGCAGUGGAUGAGAACGGGUUAUGGGUCAUUUAUGCCACCGAAGGAAACAAUGGGCGCCUGGUGGUGAGCCAGCUCAACCCCUACACGUUGCGAUUCGAGGGCACGUGGGAAACAGGCUACGACAAGCGUUCGGCCUCCAAUGCCUUCAUGGUGUGCGGUGUCCUCUAUGUGUUACGCUCUGUCUAUGUGGACGACGACAGUGAGGCGGCUGGAAACCGGGUGGACUAUGCCUUCAACACCAACGCGAACCGAGAGGAACCAGUCAGUCUCGCCUUCCCCAACCCCUACCAGUUUGUGUCCUCUGUUGACUACAACCCCCGGGACAACCAGCUGUAUGUGUGGAACAACUAUUUUGUGGUGCGCUACAGCCUGGAGUUCGGACCCCCAGAUCCCAGCGCUGGACCAGCCACUUCCCCGCCUCUCAGUACCACCACCACAGCGCGGCCCACACCCCUCACCAGCACAGCCUCGCCUGCAGCCACCACUCCACUUCGAAGGGCGCCCCUAACCACACACCCAGUGGGUGCCAUCAACCAGUUGGGACCUGAUCUGCCUCCAGCCACAGCGCCAGCACCCAGUACCCGGCGGCCUCCAGCCCCCAAUCUGCAUGUGUCCCCUGAGCUCUUCUGUGAGCCCCGAGAGGUCCGGCGGGUCCAGUGGCCAGCUACCCAACAGGGUAUGCUGGUGGAGAGGCCUUGCCCCAAGGGAACUCGAGGAAUUGCCUCGUUCCAGUGUCUCCCAGCUCUGGGGCUCUGGAACCCUCGGGGCCCUGACCUCAGCAACUGCACUUCCCCCUGGGUCAACCAAGUAGCCCAGAAGAUCAAAAGUGGAGAGAACGCAGCCAACAUUGCCAGUGAGCUGGCCCGCCACACACGGGGCUCCAUCUAUGCUGGGGACGUGUCCUCGUCGGUGAAGCUGAUGGAGCAACUUCUAGACAUUCUGGAUGCCCAGCUCCAAGCCCUACGGCCCAUCGAGCGCGAGUCAGCCGGCAAGAACUACAACAAGAUGCAUAAGCGAGAAAGAACCUGCAAGGACUAUAUCAAGGCUGUGGUGGAGACCGUGGACAACCUGCUCCGGCCAGAGGCACUGGAGUCUUGGAAAGACAUGAAUGCCACAGAGCAGGUGCACACAGCCACUAUGCUCCUAGAUGUGCUGGAGGAGGGCGCCUUCCUGCUAGCCGACAACGUCAGGGAACCUGCUCGCUUCUUGGCUGCCAAGCAGAACGUGGUCCUGGAGGUGACUGUCCUGAACACAGAGGGUCAAGUGCAGGAGCUGGUGUUCCCCCAGGAAUAUCCCAGUGAGAACUCCAUCCAGCUGUCCGCCAACACCAUCAAGCAGAAUAGCCGCAAUGGUGUGGUCAAGGUUGUCUUCAUUCUCUACAACAACCUGGGCCUCUUCUUGUCCACGGAGAAUGCCACAGUGAAGCUGGCAGGUGAGGCAGGGACCAGUGGCCCUGGAGGUGCCUCCCUGGUGGUCAACUCACAGGUCAUUGCAGCAUCCAUCAAUAAGGAAUCGAGCCGCGUCUUCCUAAUGGACCCUGUCAUCUUUACUGUGGCCCACUUGGAGGCCAAGAACCACUUCAAUGCAAACUGCUCCUUCUGGAACUACUCAGAGCGCUCCAUGCUGGGCUACUGGUCAACCCAAGGCUGCCGCCUGGUGGAGUCCAAUAAGACCCAUACCACAUGUGCCUGCAGCCACCUCACCAACUUCGCAGUGCUCAUGGCUCACCGAGAGAUUUACCAGGGCCGUAUCAAUGAGCUGCUGCUGUCGGUCAUCACCUGGGUUGGCAUCGUCAUCUCACUGGUCUGUCUGGCUAUCUGCAUCUCCACCUUCUGCUUCCUGCGGGGCCUGCAGACAGACCGCAACACCAUCCACAAGAACCUGUGCAUCAACCUCUUCCUCGCGGAGCUGCUCUUCCUGGUUGGGAUAGACAAGACUCAAUAUGAGGUCGCCUGCCCUAUCUUUGCUGGCCUGCUGCACUACUUCUUCCUGGCCGCCUUCUCCUGGCUGUGCCUCGAGGGCGUACACCUCUACCUGCUGCUGGUGGAGGUGUUUGAGAGCGAGUACUCGCGGACCAAGUACUAUUACCUGGGCGGCUACUGCUUUCCGGCCCUGGUGGUAGGCAUUGCAGCAGCCAUUGACUACCGGAGCUAUGGCACUGAGAAGGCCUGCUGGCUGAGGGUGGAUAACUACUUCAUCUGGAGCUUCAUUGGGCCCGUCUCCUUUGUCAUUGUGGUGAACCUGGUGUUCCUCAUGGUGACCCUGCACAAGAUGAUCCGAAGCUCUUCAGUGCUCAAGCCUGACUCCAGCCGCCUUGACAACAUCAAGUCCUGGGCGCUGGGUGCCAUUGCGCUGCUCUUCCUGCUGGGCCUCACUUGGGCUUUUGGCCUCCUCUUCAUCAACAAGGAGUCAGUAGUCAUGGCCUAUCUCUUCACCACCUUCAACGCCUUCCAGGGGGUCUUCAUCUUUGUCUUUCACUGCGCCUUACAGAAAAAGGUGCACAAGGAGUACAGCAAGUGCCUGCGUCACUCCUACUGCUGCAUCCGCUCCCCGCCUGGGGGCACUCACGGCUCCCUUAAGACCUCAGCCAUGCGAAGUAACACCCGAUACUAUACAGGGACCCAGGUACCCGGGCAGGGAAGGCAUGUCCACCAGGUCUCUCUGGGGCCAAGAGGCAGGAGUGCUCUGCCAGAAUCUCAGAAAGAUUCUGGAGGGCAGGGUGGCCCUAGAGAUCCCCUCAUGUUUGGGCUGUGUCCCCAGAGCCGAAUCCGGAGGAUGUGGAAUGAUACCGUGAGGAAACAGACAGAGUCCUCUUUUAUGGCGGGUGAUAUCAACAGCACCCCCACCCUGAACCGAGGUACCAUGGGGAACCACCUACUGACCAACCCCGUGCUCCAGCCCCGAGGAGGCACUAGCCCAUACAAUACACUCAUUGCAGAGUCUGUGGGCUUCAAUCCCUCCUCGCCCCCCGUCUUCAACUCCCCAGGAAGCUACAGGGAACCCAAGCACCCCUUGGGAGGCCGGGAAGCCUGUGGCAUGGACACCCUGCCCCUUAAUGGCAACUUCAACAACAGCUACUCCUUGCGCAGCGGAGAUUUUCCUCCAGGGGAUGGGGGUCCUGAGCCACCCCGAGGCCGGAACCUGGCGGAUGCUGCCGCCUUUGAGAAGAUGAUCAUCUCAGAGCUGGUGCACAACAACCUCCGGGGGGCCAGUGGAGGCGCCAAAGGGCCUCCACCAGAGCCUCCUGUGCCACCCGUGCCAGGGGUCAGUGAGGACGAGGCCGGUGGGCCCGGGGGUGCUGACCGGGCUGAGAUUGAACUUCUCUACAAGGCCUUGGAGGAGCCGCUGCUGCUGCCCCGGGCCCAGUCGGUGCUGUACCAGAGUGACCUGGACGAGUCGGAGAGCUGCACAGCAGAGGAUGGGGCCACCAGCCGGCCUCUCUCCUCCCCUCCCGGUCGGGACUCCCUCUAUGCCAGCGGGGCCAACCUGCGGGACUCGCCCUCCUACCCGGACAGCAGCCCCGAAGGGCCUAAUGAGGCCCUGCCCCCACCCCCACCUGCUCCUCCUGGGCCCCCAGAAAUUUACUACACCUCCCGCCCGCCGGCCCUGGUGGCUCGGAAUCCCCUACAGGGCUACUACCAGGUGCGGCGGCCUAGCCAUGAGGGCUACCUGGCAGCCCCCAGCCUCGAGGGGCCAGGCCCCGAUGGGGAUGGGCAGAUGCAGUUGGUCACUAGUCUCUGAGGGGCCUCGUGGACCAGAGGCCGGAGGCCUGGCCAGGGAGGGAACCCAGGAGGGGCUUUGGUGGGAGCAGAGACUGACGGAGGCAGUGGCUGGUGGGCCACUCUCUGGGUGCCCCUCAGCCCGUGGGCCCCACAGUCCCCUUGGGACUCCGACCUGGGCCCCAGGUGCCAGGGUUAGUAGACAGGGUUUCCACCAGCCACACCCCCCAAACCUCUCUAGGGGAGUGCAUUGAGGAGAUGCCCCAGGGCCUGGGAGUGAGGGAGCAGCUGGAAGGCUAUAACCACCUCCUGAAGCUGCCUGUGGAGAAAGAAAGCAAGGAAUAAGGCUUCCCUGGGUCUCCAGGAGUUGCCACUUUUGAGGUGGCCAAAGCCUUGCAGGAUCCAGCCUAUCAGCUCCUCUCCACCAAAAGGGAGCAGUGGGACAGAUGGACAGGAUCCUCCCGUGCUACAGUCCUUGCUCCCUGGAGAUUGGGUCUUGUACUGCAAGAAAGCCCAGGUCCAGGGAAUGGGGCAGUGGGGGCUGGUGGUUAACGGUGGAACUUUCGCUGAAGCUCCUUUCCCCCUUGCUAUUGGUCCCUGUCUCCCAAGCAAGCCUGCCCAUCAAUCCCCAGAGUGCACCCAAUGACCCCCUCCCUUGGGGUGACUCCUGAUGAAGCACAACUCCCCGAAGGGCCCCUAACCCACUGGGGUGGCCAUAUUUGGGCAGUUCCCAGUCCUGUGGGCUGGGCUAUCUGGGGAGCAGUUUUGGGGUCUGGGGCUCCCUGAGGAGUGGGUCCUGGGUUUGGAUCUUUCCCUAGGGGGUCCUCUUGCCCCUCUCUCUUCCUCCCCUAUUGCUGUAAAUAUUUCAACAAAAUGGAAAAGGAAAAAAAAGACAAAAAAAAAAAAAGUAAGAAAAAAAUCUCAUCACUUGAAGCCACCGGGCACCUGCAGCCCAGGCCAGCCCGGACUUUCUCCGGAACAGAGCAGCAGCCAGCCCUGGCAGCCAGGACUUCCUGUGUGUGUACAUCCCAGCCGGGGUGGGCAGCGGCCAGAGCAGCUUUUUACACUCCAGAGACAAAACAAAUCUAGAAGCAACAGCGAAACAAAGAACCUGUCCUUCCUAGCGCCACUUCUUUCACCUCUGCUGUUCUCCCUGCAUCAGUCAGCCCUCCUGGGGUGUGUACCUCACUGCCUGCCCCAGGACCAGAGCCUGUCUCCCCCUGCCCCACUGGCCAGGAGACAUCCUCACACCCAAAGAUGCUUUUGCCAAGAUGGCUGCACUACCCCUUUGAGUUCCUGCUUCUUGUAUAUCACUUCAGGACUCAUGGCAGGCAGGAGGAGGCUGGUGUCCCAUCCUGGGAAGGGCAAGGCAAAGAGUAGUGGAGGUCAGACAGUGCUUCCUAUAGCUGAGGAUGGGAUGGCAGUAGUGAGGUCAUUUUGUGGAGGUGGGCAAAGGUGAGGUCACUUUCCCUUACCAACCCCACCCCAAGCCCUCUGGCAGGCUUAGGGUGUCGGCCAAGCGCUUCCAGCCCUUUAGCCUGGCCUGCCCUCCCCCAGUUUUUUGGGGGUAGAAUAACCCUGCUGCCAUCUUCCAGAGGUGACAUCACACCUCUGCUGACUUCACCCUGAUUCUUCCCUGCCUCCUUCCUCACAAGUGCCAUGAGUUCAAGCGUCCUUGGGUCUCAGCUUGCUGCUGCCAUCAACUAAUUUGGGUUAUUGGGGAGGGACUCUAGGAAGGAGCUGAGAAGGAGGUGGACAGGUGGCUGGAAGGAUGACCCGUUUUGCUGCUAGAAAGCCCUCUCCCUUCUCGGGAGCUGGGACUGGCUUGUCCCCAUUAUUGAGGGGGAAAGGGGGCCAGACCAAAGAUAAUGGUUUGCCCCAUGGAGGGGAACAAUGUGAGAAGGCAGGGUUUAUUCCAUCUCUGGUUUUUUCUGGUAGUAUGUUCUAACCUCUCUUGCCAGAAGAUGAAGGGUGAAGUCUAGAUAAGGAAAAGGAGAGAGGGUGGGGAUAGUCCCACCAAGCAGGUGUGAAGAGAGCAUGAAAUGGCUCAUAGCCCUUGUGUAAUUUCAUUCAACCUGUGGCUCGCUGUGGCUAUGUGGAGUGGUUGGUCUAGGAGCCAGAGGACUUGACUCAGCCCAGGCCUGAGACCCAUCAGAUACCAACAAACCAGGAAAAAGAGGUAGGGUGAAGAGCUCCUUGGGGAUUGGCAGGCACAGGAGUCCUGUGCCCUCUCUUCUGCACAGCCCUUCUUCAAGUGUGGGCUAUGGAGGAUUACAGGAUGUAGUGUAGUGGGGCCUGUGGUUCCUGCUCCAGCUCCAAUCACUAGCACAGGGAGUUAACUCCUAGGCCUCAGAGCUACAUGGCAGAUCCCUAUGUGGGGCUGGAUCCACUACAAUCCAGCGCAAGCCACCCAGAGAGCCCAGGUGUCCCCUAACUUAACCAGACCUGGUGCCUUGACGCCCCCAUCCCAGCGGGGACGGUACAGAGAAGGGUCUUGGUCUCCUCCUACUCCCUUCCUUGGGCUCCUGAAUUCAUUUGCUCCUAAAUCUUGCUCAUUCUUUUUCUCUGAAGUUUUUUUUCUUUUGGGUUUCCCUAGCUAUCCAACUUAUUUCUUUGUGUCCUUUUUGCUGUCUCUGUGUCCCUCUCUCUACUCUCAUUCUCAAUUUCUCAGUCCAUUUGGGCCUCCUCCCUGCUCCCGCCCUCCUAGUCCCUCCCCUCCUUGGUCUCCUUUUCGAUAUGCCAAACCAAUUUUGGGUCGAGUGCAUUUAACGAGAAUAAAACAAAAGGCUCAUAAGAACGUUUCAGAAAAAAACAAAAAGUUUAAAAAAAUGUUGAGUCAAAAGUCGAACAAUAAAGAAAUUAAGAUUUCUUGGAA